AUGCUCCUGCUCCUCGCCCAAACAAGAGGAAGAGAGAACCCCUGGGAAAGCUACCGCCAGGCUCCUGGCUCUCUCAAUAGCGUCAUACGCCAGAAUCCUCGCACCCGCCUGUACCCCCCUCCACAUCUUUGGACCGCGCGACAUGUCGAGCUCUUGGGUGCCACCUUUGUUGAUGUCGAUAUCAAUCACACCGAUGACAACGACAGAGACGAUAGCCAGCCACAUCUAGACCUACCACACAACGUCGCCGAGGUUGGCAAGCUGCGUGCCUAUGGUGGGAACCCAACGAAUGCCAGCCGCUUCCUCAAAUCUAUCCUCAAGAACUGGGGGUUCUGUCUUGACGCAAAGGACAAGACGACCUUGCCCUUCAGGUUUGGCCGCCACAUCUGCUGCCACCUCCCCAUCCAGACCCUCUGCCACAGCUUCCAUCCACCACCCACCACGCCUACAGUCGCCAUGGUCAACCUCUAUCAAGUCACGAGCAGCAGGAACCUGCGCGUUGUCGAUGCAAAGGCCGGUGGCCGCUGUGAAACCAUACAAUACCUGGCGCUGCCUUGCCCCCCUGCCAAGCGAGAGCCGUGUGUUCUCGCCGUUCUGCUUGCCCUUGCCGCCCAUCUCUAUCCGAGUUAUAAUGCAGAGGGUCUAGCUUAUCCUCCCUCUGUGCAGGUCCACCUCAUCGAUACAUCACCCGACCACCCAUCCCGAGGUAUCUAUCUCUCCUCGGCCGAUAUCACACCUCAAUCGGUCGCUAGUUUCCAACACCCCGACGACGUCUUCCUUCCCACCCCGAAACCCCUCAAGGUCCGAAGAGCCUGGCUGGACCUAGAGGGCUAA